CUGCCCAAAAAACCUUGCACACACACUUCAGCCCUUGGACAUUCUUGAGGUUGAGGUUUGAGUGCUCGAGUGGUUUUUUAGAAAACUGUUACUGCUAGUGUUAUUUGGUAUCGUGUUUUGACUGGCGGUGUUGGAGGGAUUCGUUUUUAAGGUUUAUUUUGGAACCCCGCACUUUAUUACUCCGCUCGUGUUCGUUUUUUGAGGCGGGUUUUGAACGAGUUGUUUUUGGAACGGGUUGCGUUUUUCUUGUGUGUGUGUGUGUGUCUGUUGCGUUAUUAUACCCUCCCAAUUCAAACGUCCAAAGAAAACAACCCUUUUUCGUAUGCCGACUGAAGCACCGUCGUCGUCACCUCCGCCCACAAACCUCCUCCUCCCCGCCACAACACAACAAAAGAACGAAGCGGGAUUAUUUGAAUGUCCUUUUCGUGGUUGUCAGAGGGGGUUUGCGAGGAGGUAUAACCUUGCGACACACUAUGCGACGCAUUUUGGUGUAAGGGAGUGGGGGUGUGAUGUUUGUGGCAGAAAGUUUACGAGACGAUAUGAUCUGACGAGACAUCAAGGGAUUAUACACUCGGACCAAGAUCGGCCUCUAACAACCUGUAAAGGCGUGCCAACCAAAUCCCAUCGCACAACAACAACAACAACAAAGCGUAAAUCAUCCUACACUCCACCUCCCAACACGUUACCCACAACCUACAACCCACCCACCACAAAUCAAUCAGAACAAGACCAGCACCCACCCCGUCGACGUCGUCGAAAAGACUCUAAUGGAUACCUGAAUGCCCUUGCCAACUCUUUUUCACUUGUCCCGCUUUCGCCUACUGCGGGGGGACAGGAAUUGACUCCGCCUCCUUCUGCUUCGUCGUCGGUGGCUUCCACUUCUUCUUCUGGAGGGGAUGUAGAGAAUGAGGAGGAGAGACGGGCGAUUGCUGUUGCAAUGUUGUUGGAGAUUCCGGGGAGGGAAGGGUAGGAAGGGAAACAAUUGAUGAGUGAUGUGAUGAUGGUCGUUUUUCGGUUUUUUUCCCUUUUUCUUUUUUGCUGGUUCUUUGUUUUGUUUUUUGCGUGGUUGGUGUGGUGUGAAUGAGAUGGUGUGUUUUUUUUUUUGGGUUUCGUUUUUGUAUAUUCAUCUCUCCCCCUUUCCCCUUUUCAUUAUCUCUUGUCCUUUUUAACAACAUGACAAUGAAAAAACCAAAAAACGUUGCUUUGCC